ACUGUCUCAUCACCACUGAGUCCAUAUAUUUUGACUGUUUCUUCUCAUUUCCUUCUCUCUCUCUCUCUCUCUCUACAAUGGCUCAUCUCUUCAGAGACUUGUCUCUGGGCCACUCCAAGAGAGAGAUGACUCCGCCGCCAAUUCAACCACCAAUUCCGCCACCAAUAAUGCCUGCCAAACCCACGGCCCCCGAUCUCCCUUCCCCACUCGGCCAACUCGCCACCACCCAACUCACCGAUUCCGACCUCCGCCUCACCGCCUACGAGAUCUUCGUCGCCGUCUGCCGUACCUCCACCGCAAAACCCCUCAGCUUCGUCUCCUCCUCCUCCAACAACAACUUCAACAACGGCGCCAGCAAUUCCGACUCGCCGAGUUCGGGUCCGGGUCACCAUUCGCCCAACUCGCCCGGGUUACAGCGAUCCAUCACUUCCACCGCAGCUAGUAAAGUCAAGAAAGCUUUCGGACUCAAGUCCCCUAAGAAAAGCCCCGGGUCGGGGUCGGGUUCGGGUUCGGGUCACGGCAAGCCGAGGAGGCCCUUGACCGUUGGAGAGCUUAUGAGAACUCAAAUGGGUGUCUCUGAAGCUAUGGAUUCCAGAGUCCGAAGAGCUCUUCUCAGAAUCGUUGCUAGUCAGGUUGGAAGGAGAAUUGAAUCAGUAGUAGUUCCAUUAGAGCUAUUACAGCAGCUCAAGCUUUCGGACUUUACUGAUCAUGAAGAAUAUGAUGCGUGGCAAAAGAGGACUCUGAGAGUUCUUGAGGCUGGUCUAAUUUUGCACCCCCAAAUGCCAUUGGAUAAGUCAAAUUCUGCUGCACAGCGGCUGCGGCAACUUAUUCGUGGGGCUUUGGAUAGACCCAUUGAAACUGGGAAGAAUAAUGAAUCGCUGCAAGUCCUUCGUAGUGCUGUUACGGCUCUUGCUAGCAGAUCAUCUGAAGGUUCUAUCUAUGAGACAUGCCACUGGGCAGAUGGAUUUCCGCUGAAUCUCCGGCUCUAUGAAAUGCUUCUAGAAGCUUGCUUUGAUGCUAAUGACGAAACGUCUAUUGCUGAUGAAGUUGAUGAGCUAAUGGAACACAUUAAGAAGACCUGGGUAAUUCUUGGAAUAAACCAAAUAUUCCAUAACAUUUGCUUCACGUGGAUUUUAUUUCACCGUUUUGUUGCAACUGGCCAAGUUGAGAUGGACCUGCUGUAUGCAGCUGAUGCUCAGCUUGCAGAAGUUGCAAAAGAUGCAAAAAUAACAAAGGAUCCAGAGUACUCCAAGGUCUUGAGUUCUACAUUGAGUUCGAUAUUGGGUUGGGCAGAGAAAAGGCUCCUUGCAUAUCAUGAUACUUUUGAUGCUGGAAAUAUCGAUUCCAUGCAGGGCAUUGUGUCUCUGGGGGUAUCAGCUGCUAGGAUUUUGGUUGAAGAUAUAUCUAAUGAGUAUCGCAGAAAAAGGAAAGGUGAAGUUGAUGUGGCUCGCAACAGGAUUGACACUUACAUCAGGUCAUCAAUACGCACAGCUUUUGCACAGCGAAUGGAAAAGGCAGACUCUAGCAGGAGAGCAUCCAAAAACCAGCCAAAUCCUCUUCCUGUGCUGGCCAUCCUUGCUAAGGAUGUUGGUGAGCUGGCAAGUAAUGAGAAGAAGGUGUUCAGUCCAAUAUUGAAGAUAUGGCAUCCUUUAGCAGCUGGGGUGGCUGUAGCCACCCUUCAUGCUUGCUAUGGGAAUGAGCUAAAACAAUUUGUAUCAGGUAUAAUGGAGUUGACACCAGAUGCAGUUCAAGUGUUGAGGGCUGCAGAUAAGCUGGAGAAGGAUCUUGUGCAGAUAGCUGUGGAAGAUUCGGUGGACAGUGAUGAUGGAGGGAAGGCAAUAAUCCGUGAGAUGCCUCCUUAUGAGGCUGAAGCUGCUAUUGCCAAUCUGGUGAAAGGGUGGAUGAAAACAAGAUUAGACACACUGAAGGAAUGGGUUGAUAGGAAUCUGCAACAAGAGGUCUGGAAUCCAAGAGCAAACCAAGAAGGAUUUGCUCCAUCUGCUGUUGAAGUUUUGCGAAUUCUAGAUGAAACUUUGGUUGCAUUCUUUCAGUUGCCAAUACCAAUGCAUCCUGCAUUGCUUCCUGACUUGAUGGCUGGUCUUGACAGAUGUGUUCAAUACUACAUAACCAAGGCAAAAUCAGGCUGUGGGUCACGAACUACGUUUGUUCCCACCAUGCCAUCAUUAACCAGAUGUACUGUAGGAUCAAAGUUUGGCAGCUUUGGGAAGAAGAAAGAAAAAACACCAAAUUCUCAGAAGAGAAAUCCUCAGGUUGCAACAGUGAAUGGUGAUAACUCCUUUGGGAUAUCUCAGCUAUGUGUUCGUAUAAACACUUUGCAACGAAUCCGAACUGAGUUGGAAGCCUUGGAGAAGAGGAUAAUCACUUAUCUCAGGAAUUCUGAAUCUGCUCAUGCAGAGGACUUUUCUAAUGGUUUAGGAAAGAAAUUUGAGCUUUCACCAGUUGCUUGUGUGGAAGGAGUUCAGCAACUGUGUGAGGCUGUGGCUUAUAGAAUUGUUUUCCAUGAUUUAAGUCAUGUUCUAUGGGAUGGUUUAUACGUUGGAGAGCCAUCGUCUUCUAGGAUUGAGCCUUUUAUUCAGGAACUUGAGAAAAACUUGAUGAUCAUUUCAGACACUGUGCAUGAAAGAGUUCGAACACGGAUGAUUACUGACAUAAUGAGAGCAUCCUUUGAUGGGUUCUUGCUGGUGUUGCUUGCUGGAGGCCCCUCCCGUGCUUUCUCCCGGCAAGACUCUCAGAUAAUAGAGGAUGAUUACAGAUCUCUCAAAGAUCUAUUCUUGGCUGGUGGGGAUGGCUUGCCUUCUGAGUUGAUAGACAAGUUUUCUCCUAUGGUGACAGGUGUGCUUCCACUUUUCCGAACCGAUACUGAGAGCCUCAUUGAGCGGUUUAGACGUGUGACCUUGGAGACAUAUGGCUCUUCUGCCAGGUCCAAACUUCCAUUACCUCCAACUUCUGGGAAUUGGAACCCAACUGAACCAAACACACUUCUACGUGUUUUGUGCUACAGGAAUGAUGAAGCAGCUACGAGGUUUCUAAAGAAGACUUAUAAUUUGCCUAAAAAGCUGUGAGAAACUUGGCUGCGGUGCAUGGGCAUGGAAACUAGGGAAAUCUCUUCUUGCAUUGGUACUGCAUUUGCAGAACCUACUCGUAGUUCUGCUUGUAUUUAGUAAAGAUGGCCCAAUUGAGAGGGCUCCUUAUUUUCAUGGGUGGGUGAGCUUUAGGUGCCUUAAGAAAUAGCAGUGAUCUUUGUAUAUUAUAUUCCAAGCGUCUUGGUUUACUUUGGCCACCAUUUGUGACGAUUCAAAGUCCAAGUAGAGACAAAAAGAGUGCGGAACUUCCAAGAGGCUUGCUUGUGAAGAAUAGUGGAUAUUCUUUGAGAUUCAUAUUCAUCGUAUAAAGCCAUGAGAUUCCUUCGAUGAUAUUCUUGUCUGUUCCAUACCGCAAUCUGCAGCAAAUUUUUUUCCCACUAGUGGUUCUUUCCUCUUCCUAAAUCUUCCCCCCAUUCUUUUGUUUUUGCUGCCCCCCUCUUUUGGUUGAAUUUCAUUGUAGUGGCUUGUAGGCCUUACCGGUACAAGGCAUAGUAUAGCAUUAUUGUUUUCAUACAAGUACUGGUAUUUGUUAUUAGUAUGUAUUAUAAACCAGGCUGCUCUUAUUGCAGUCAGAUUUAUAUUCAGUGUGUAUACUGUGUGCGCUAGUUUGUAUAUGAUCGACUCUAGAUUAUUCUUUUGGUGCA